AUGGCCUGCCAUGCCACUCACAGCAGCCCAACUCCAGAGCCAGCAAAGGAUGCCCGACGCCUGGAGCAAACAGGAGAGCUGCUGAAGGCCCACAGAGUCGAGUUACAGCUGCCCCAGCUAGAAAGAGAGGCACUGUCUGUUAGAGCUGAUGAAGUGGAUGUGGAUGGGACCGUGGAAGAUGACCUGGGUAAAAGCAGAGAAGGGUCUCGAACAGAUGAUGAAGUUGUCCAGAGAGAAGAAGAAGCUAUUCAGCUAGAUGGUCUAAAUGCAUCCCAAAUAAAAGAAAUCAGAGAAAAAUCUGAAAAAUUUGCAUUUCAAGCAGAAGUUAACAGAAUGAUGAAACUUAUUAUCAACUCAUUAUAUAAAAACAAAGAGAUUUUCCUGAGGGAACUUAUUUCAAAUGCUUCUGAUGCUUUAGAUAAGAUACGGUUAAUAUCCCUAACUGAUGAGAAUGCUCUUUCUGGUAAUGAGGAACUUACUGUCAAAAUCAAGUGUGACAAAGAGAAGAACAUGCUUCAUGUUACAGAUACGGGUAUUGGCAUGACAAAGGAGGAGUUGAUUAAGAAUUUGGGUACCAUUGCAAAGUCUGGUACAAGUGAAUUCUUAAACAAGAUGACUGAAAUGCAGGAUGAUAGUCAGUCAACAUCUGAAUUAAUUGGCCAGUUUGGUGUUGGCUUUUAUUCUGCUUUCUUAGUAGCAGACAGAGUUAUUGUCACAUCAAAACACAAUAAUGAUACUCAACAUAUUUGGGAGUCAGACUCAAAUGAGUUCUCCGUGAUCGAUGACCCAAGAGGAAACACUUUAGGACGUGGUACAACCAUAAGCCUUGUCUUAAAGGAGGAAGCAUCUGACUACCUUGAACUGGAUACUGUUAAAAAUCUAGUCAAGAAAUACUCACAAUUCAUAAACUUCCCCAUAUAUGUGUGGAGCAGCAAG